AUGUCGCAAUCAACUGCAGAAACGACGCAGGCCACCAAGCCCACCGAGCUCACCGAAGAUGGCAUCUUUGUGGCUCUCACUCACGACACAUUGGACGCGAUUACUAUCAUGAACAAAGUACGGAGUCCGAAAGCUGGUGCCAUUGUACUGUUCGCUGGAACGACUCGCGACAACUUCGGAGAUAAGCCUGUAGUACAUCUGGCUUACGAAGCAUACGCUCCUCUAGCCAUCAGGACAAUGGCCAAGAUUGCACAUGAAAUCAAGACCAAGCACGGAUUGAAUAGUGUUGCAAUGAUCCAUCGUCUGGGUGUUGUGCCCAUUGCUGAGGAGAGCAUCCUGAUUGCGGUAUCGUCACCACACAGACAAGCAGCAUGGCGAGCAGGGGAAGAAGCCCUCGAAUUGACCAAGGAAAAGGUCGAGGUGUGGAAGCUUGAGGAGUUCGGUGGUGAGGAGGGAGGUGUAUGGAGAGCUAACAGGGAUGGGCAGGCAGGCGCGAAGAUCAGCCAAUGA